AUGCGAUGGAUAGGACAAGGCUGCUCUAAAAGAGCAAACUGUGAUGUAUACUACAGCUGCCAUGCAAAUCGACGUGAAUUUGGAUGCGGUUUUGUGGUAAGCAAGAGACUAUCCAAAUUAGUCCAGCGAUUCACACCGGUGAACGAAAGGCUUGCCACACUCCGUAUCAAGGCAAAAUUUUUUAACAUCACGUUAAUUUGCGCUCACGCGCCGACAGAAGAAAAGGACGACUUGACCAAAGAUAUAUUCUACGCGAGACUCGAGGAAAUUUAUGACCGCAGUCCCGCCAACGACGUUAAAAUUGUUCUCGGGGAUUUUAAUGCAAAGGUUGGAAGAGAAGAAGUCUUUGGUCCAACUGUCGGAAAAUUUAGCCUCCAUGAAUCAACCUCCAACAACGGUCUAAGGCUAAUUGAUUUCGCUGCGGCGCGAAAUAUGGUAGUAUGUAGCACCAGAUUCCCACACCGUGAUAUUCACAAGGCAACGUGGCUAUCUCCCGAUCAAGCAACACGAAACCAGAUUGAUCACUUCGUGAUUGACGCAAGGCACGCUUCUAGUGUGCUGGACGUACGUUCAUUCCGUGGUCCAAAUAUCGACUCAGAUCACUACCUUGUCGCAGCCAAGGUACGCAUGCGGCUUAGUACCGCCAACAACGUACGCUCCAAUGUUCAAAAAAAACUAGACGUUAAUAAGCUGCGAUCACGAGAGACAGCCGAAGCCUUCGCCGCUCAGCUCUCUAGCCGAUUAAACAACCAACCCUCCCGUCUCGAUAAUGCCGGUAGACAGUGGGGACAUAUCUCUCACUCCCUACGCACAACAGCGGAAGAUGUCCUUGGUUUCAAACGUCCCCCACGGCGAAACCAAUGGUACGACGAAGAGUGUCGCCAAGCUACUGCUGCGAAGAACGCGGCCUAUAAAAGGACCCUGCAGUCAGCAGCAACGCGAACCGUGCAUGAACAAUAUCGGGAGAUGAGGAAGGUAGAGAGGUGCCUAUUCAGACGGAAGAAACGAGAUCAAGAAAGGCGCGAGCGAGAGGAAAUUGAGGUGUGUAGAAAUAGGAAUGAUGCCCGUAAAUUUUAUCAAAAAGUCAACCGUCUGACUCAAGGCUUUAAGCCUGGUGCAUCAACCUGUAAGGACGAAAACGGUAAUCUGGUUACAGAUACGCAGAAUGUACUGAAAGUAUGGAAGGAGCAUUUCUCCAAACUACUAUCUGGCGAUGAUAACAUCAACUCUGCCAUUGAAGAAAUGCCCUCUGUAUCCCCAAUCGAAAAUGAUGACGUUGAAAUUCCACCACCUAGCCAUAACGAAGUGCGUGUUGCUAUACAGCGACUUAAGAACAACAAAGCGGCAGGCGCAGAUGGCCUGCCUGCUGAAUUGUUCAAAGCCGGCGGCGAUAUGCUGAUAGGGUGCAUGCAUCAGCUUAUCUGCAGAAUAUGGUUAGAUGAAAGUAUGCCCAGCGAUUGGAAUCUCAGUAGCCUUUGUCCUGUCUUGAAAAAAGGUGACCCGACGAUUUGCGCCAACUAUCGCGGGAUUAGCCUGAUACCUGUCGCGUCCGAAUAUGGACCUAAAAAAGGUGAAGUUGAAAAUAAUCGUAGGGUUUGA